AUGACCCGUCUAAAGCCUGGACGAGGCGUCGACUUUGCCAAGAUCCAAAUCCCGCGUCGACCUCGCGUGAAGGCCAAUGGCGUUAGGAACAUCUUGAAUACAGGAUCCGACGAUUCUGACCUGCUCGGAAACGCCGUGGAGCAGUUGGAGGCCGGGGAGAACGCGCCGGCUGCCGAGAAUGGAGUCGUGCUCGGCGAGUACCUCGAGUGGGGCUCGUGGUCGGCGUGCAAGGAUGGUGAACGCGUCCGGAUGCGCGUGUGCGUCUCGAGGAGGGCGGCGCGGAACAUCCGAUGCGAGGGGCCAUCAAAGGAGUCCCAAGCCUGCUUCUCCACUGACGAGACGAACAUCCCGGUGAUGACGGACCCGUGGAUGAUCGAGCGCGAGAUCAGCGGGCAAAACAUGAAGAGCCGUCACGAGGGUGGGCAA